AUGAAUAAACUCAUCCCACACCAAGUGUUUAACGAUGCGACCUCAAAGGGCUUGAAGAUACCACAACGUAAAUAUUUCCUUGCGGAUGCUGGGUAUGGGCUUCGACAAGGCUUGAUGACUCCGUUCCGAGGUGUUCGGUACCACCUGAAAGAGCAGGCAAAGGCUGGCCUCAAGCCAGCUAACAAGAAAGAGCUUUAA